AAUAAAAAAAAAAAGGAGAAAUGAAAUAAAUGUAAAGUUUGUGUGGAUAAAAACAAAAAACUCUUUUCAUGCUGUUUGUGGGCUACGUGACAAACAAACCCAUGAUCGCGUACGGAUAGUGACCUUUCAGCCCGCCUAUAUAAUAAUAAUAAAUAAAAAAACGGUUUGUACGUACAGCUGUACAAGGUUGUACCUCACACGAAAACACACAGUACACACAGUGACUGACAGUGAGGAGUACCAUCCCCAUUUCCGCGCCUCUCCGUUUAACAUUCUGCGCAAAAGCUAUACUACCAAACAAAGAAUGUUCGCCUUUGCUUUUCCCUUUCUGCUUUUCGUCUCCUACACCUGAAAACCUCGUUUCUCUUUUUUGCCCUUUUCCGCCUUCGUUAAUCCUACCGCUCGCUUUCGGCCGCGGCGGCGCUUCAUCGGCAGCGUGGGGAAGGUUUUGUCGGUUCGGUGUUUUUUUUGUUGGUUCGUUUUUUUUAGCGGCGGCGGAGAGAAAAUGGUGAAUCCGCGGUGCUAUUUGGAUAUCAGCAUUGACGGAGAAAUGGAGGGGAGGAUAGUGGUGGAGUUGUACAGCGAUGUGGUGCCGAGAACCGCCGAGAAUUUUAGAGCCCUAUGUACCGGAGAGAAGGGCAUCAGCCCUCGCAGCGGCGUUCCCCUCCAUUACAAGGGCUCACACUUUAAUAGUAUUAUCAGAGGUUUAAUGGUGCAAGGAGGUGAUAUAUCUGCUGAAGAGGGAGUGCCCGGAGAAUCCAUUUACGGUGAGAAAUUCGAAGACGAAAAUUUUGAGCUGAAACACUCGAGGAAAGGGAUGCUGUCAAUGGCUAACUCGGGUCCGAAUAGUAACGGAUCUAAAUUUGCCAUUCUCACAAACCAGGCUACUCAUCUGGAUGGAAAGCACGUUGUCUUUGGCAAGGUUAUCAAAGGAUUAGGGGUCGUUCGCUCGAUUGAGUAUGUCGCGACAGUGGGGGAGUACUAUCCAACUGUCGAUGUUGUCAUUGCCGACUGUGGAGAAAUUCCCGAGGGAGCAGAUGAUGGGACAAUUAACUUCUAUGGAGAUGGUGACGUGUACCCUGAUUGGCCAGUGGAUUUCGAUGCUAAAGUAGACGAUGUCUCGUUGAUUAUUAAUGCUGUUGACUUUAUCAAACUCCUUGGAAAUGAGUGGUUCAAGAAGCAUGACUAUAAGAUGGCUAUCAGAAAGUAUCGUAAGGCUCUCAAAUAUCUGGAUUUAUGCUGGGAGAUGGAAGGCAUUGAUUCAGCAUCUCUGAUGAAAACAAAGUCUCAAAUCCUUACAAAUAGUUCUGUCUGCAAGUUGAAAUUAGGAGAUCUUAGAGGAGCAUUGAUGGAUUCGGACUGUGCAACUCGUGAUGGGAAAGAUAAUGCUAAAGCUUUCUAUCGCCAGGGCCAGGUACAUAUGGCACUCAAUGACAUAGAUUCAGCAGUUCAAAGUUUUCGGAGAGCUUUAGAAUUGCAGCCAGAUGAUGGUGGCAUAAAGAAAGAGCUCUCUAUUGCAAAGAAAAAGAUUGCUGAUAGGCGCGACAUGGAGAAAAAAGCUUUCUCGAGAAUAUUCCUGUAGAGAAGCGUUGCAUUUUGGGUUACUGAUAUCUUUUGGACUCGUGCUGAAAAUGCUCUUACUUGUUAGAUGAAUUUCCCGACGACGUUGUAAUACAUUCCCGAACCAAAUUUUGUCACAGUAAUUACUUCUAAGCUUAGGGAUUAUGUCUGAAAGAGAAAACAUGAUCAAUCAUUUAAAGUAUUUUGUUAAAUUUCGGACUAAAAACUUCUUCAUUCGAACAAAAAAGGACGAUUUCCUUUUCUUGACUAAGUUUCUGUUGUUAUUAUUUAUGUAUUGCUGUUCUUGAUUCCUCUUA